AUGGCUGCGCGGCGCGCCGGGCUCGUGCUCGGGCGGCUCGGAGCUUUUGGUCGCAUGGCCGAGGCGUCGACCGCCUCGUCGUCGGCCUCCAGCGCUGCCUUGACGAGCUCGCGGAUCUCGACCGUGUCGUCUGUGCCCGCUGAGGCCAUGCGAAGCGCCCCCGCGUUCUCGCACAGGUCGUUCGCGUCGCAGCCUGCGCCCGUGGGCAGCGGGAACGCGCCCACGAUCGCCGUGGACCCCGACUCGGGCCUGCCCCCGACCUUCCACGCCCAGAUGAACCCGACGCCCUACAUCGACUACCACGUCGGCGACAACGACAACCACAAGCGCCUGCCCCCCGGCGGCGACGUGGGCGCCCGCGCGUUCAACUACUUCAUCCUGAACUCCGGCCGCUUCAUCUACGCGUCCGCCGCGCGCCUCAUGGUCCUCAAGCUCCUCAUGACGUGGUCCGCCGCCAAGGACGUGCUCGCCAUGGCCUCGCUCGAGGUCAAUCUUGACUCGAUCCCCGAGGGCCAGACGGUCACGGUCAAGUGGCGCGGCAAGCCCGUCUUCAUCAAGCACCGCUCCGCCGACGACAUCGCCAAGGCGGCUGCCGUGCCGGUGUCGGAGCUGAAGCACGCGGAGGCGGACGACGAGCGCGUGGUGAAGCCGGAGUGGCUGGUGGUGCUCGGGGUGUGCACGCACCUCGGCUGCGUGCCGAUCGCCAACGCGGGCGACUACAGCGGGUGGUUUUGCCCGUGCCACGGCAGCCACUACGACGGCAGCGGACGCAUCCGGAAGGGCCCCGCGCCGCUCAACCUCGAAGUCCCGGAGUACAAGUUCCUCGACGACAGCACCAUGGUGAUCGGUUGA